AUGCUGCUGUGUAAGGAGUGCGGCCUCGGAAUUCGUCCCCGUCCUCCGCUGCUGUGUCUCGCCCUCCUCCUCCGCCUCCUCCUCCGCCUCCUCCUCCGCCUCCGUUUCCUCCUCCUCCUCCUCCGCCUCCUCCUCCUCCUCUCCUCCUCCUCCUCGGACCCCUGCCUGGCCUUCUGGCGUCCCCUUCAGAUGCCACGACGUACGGAGCACGUGCGUGGCGGCGUCGGUUCAGGCGCUCGCUCCCUCGGCGUCACCUCAGUCCUCUCUCCCGCCUCCUCCUGCUUCUCGCCCUCCUCGUCUUCUCCCCUCGCCUCCUCCGCCCCGCUUGUCCUCCCCGUGUCCUAG